CGAAAACAGACACCACGUGCUGCUCUACUGUGUUAUGCGAAUAGUAUAAUCGUAUUAUUCUAAAAUAACGAUACAAAUUAGAACCUUAGCCUUUUGAAAUAUUUGUGGUGUAGGAGAAUGGGUCGCCGAAAGAAGCGAAACGACCAACUACAGAUCACUAACGAUGCCGACGUCGCAGUGCAGCAGCAGUUUGAGCCGAGCGACGACCAGGUCGAUCCUUAUUCGAUUCCAUUGCACUCGCGCCAGGCGGCGUUUGCCAUCCUUUGGUUGCUAGUGUACAGUUUUGCCAUGUUCACGCUACCCUUUGGAGCGUUUUACGGAAUGAAGUAUCUGCUGUUGGAGCAGUUUCAAAUCGAUGGAUUUAAUAACACGUGCGGUUCAGUGCUGGCCGCCGUCUUGACUGUGAACGGUAUCAUCAUGCUGUAUGCGUUGCGAGGAUUCAAAGAGGUUGAGGAGGAAGAUCGCGACCGCCAGAUGCGGCAAGCCAACGAUCAUAACGCUGCUGCCUCGGCCUCGGAAUCAUCGAAGACGAACGCCACCACUAUGCGUACGGAUCAAUACGGCCACUAUCAAUCUGGAAUCUGA